CUUUUAUCGUUCAGUUAACGCUGGUUACUCAAUGGAUGGUUACAGUGUUCUGUCUCUUAGAAGGUAGUGCAGGUCUUUGAAUAAACACCGAAAUGGUCCGAUCGGCUGGAAGAGGCCGAAAACCGCAAUGGAGGGCGGUGAUUCCCGAGCUGUUAAAACACCCGCCAAAAAGCAACAUUCCCCCGCCUUUAGAGAUGAUUACACGUGCCGAGUGGUCUGCUGUCCCUUGGAUGCACAUGGAUAGCGACAUACGACUCAAGUUCCCCAUUAUGCACUUGAGGCACACAUUUACGGAUACCGAUGAAUGCAAAAACCCUGAAGAGUGUAUUCCUUUUCUACAACAGUUGCAGAAGGACAGCCAGGAAAAGGGGUUUCCUGACCUUAUGUACAAUUUCCUGAUUGGCAGCGAUGGGAUGCUGUACGAAGGACGCGGGUUUGACUGGAAAUGCACGGUGUUUGAUGAUCCCUGGGUCGACUCCAAGGGAGAGAGCUUAAACAUCGCAUAUAUUGGGAGGUUCCAUAGUAAGUUGGAUAAUUGGUUUGGUGGUAAAAAUAAAAAAAAUAAGUGAACACA